GUGAGUUAACCUCAAAAAUAAUUUGAAAUAUUUAUCUUAAAUAAUUGUAUUUUUAAAUCAGUACCGUUAAUUUUUGUUUUAUCAUUAUUAAAUAUGGUACAAAAGGAAUCUCAGAGAGUAAAUUUACCUUGGGUUGAAAAAUAUCGUCCAAGUACACUUGAUGAUUUAGUUUCUCAUGAAGAUAUUAUAAAAACAGUCAGUAAAUUUAUUCGAGAUGAUCAGGUACCCCACUUGCUGUUCUAUGGACCUCCUGGUACAGGAAAAACAAGUACAAUUUUAGCUUGUGCAAAACAAUUAUAUACACCCGCCCAGUUUUCAUCAAUGGUCUUAGAGUUGAAUGCUUCAGAUGACAGAGGAAUAGGAAUUGUCAGAGGACAGAUUCUGACAUUUGCCAGUACAGGCACAAUUUUCAAAUCUGGCUUUAAGCUUAUUAUUUUAGAUGAAGCUGAUGCAAUGACAAUGGAUGCACAAAAUGCACUUAGACGUAUAAUUGAAAAAUAUACGGAAAAUACAAGGUUUUGUAUAAUUUGCAAUUACCUGAGCAAGAUCAUACCUGCACUUCAGUCUCGUUGUACUCGAUUUAGAUUUGGUCCUCUGUCUCCUGAACAGAUUCUGCCAAGACUGAACUACGUCAUUGAUGAAGAAAAAGUAUCUGUAACAGAAGACGGCAAAAAGGCUUUGCUUACUCUAGCAAAUGGUGAUAUGCGAAAAGUACUAAACGUGCUGCAAAGUACAUGGUUGGCAUACAAACAAGUUACAGAAGACAAUGUGUAUACGUGCGUGGGUCACCCGCUCAGAACAGACAUCGAAAGCAUCGUCAAAUGGUUGCUGAACGAAAACUUCAAAACUACAUACAACAACAUCAAAGAAUUAAAAAUGAUUAAAGGGCUGGCCUUGCACGAUAUACUUACGGAGGUGCAUAAGUACGUUCAUAGGAUCGAGUUUCCAUUCGAUGUUAUGAUCGAUCUGCUAGAGAAAAUGGCCGAGAUUGAAUAUAGAUUGUGUGCUGGUGCUAAUGAGAAUAUUCAACUCACAGCUUUAAUAUCUGCGUUCCAGCACGUUAAGGAUAUCAAAGCUCCAGACGAAUCUAACUAAUUUUAGUAUCCUAUAAGUUCUUAUUUCAUAAUAGUGUAUUUUUUUACAAUAAAUUUAAUUAAAA